CAGCUUUAGAUAACUCUUUUAGGUUCAAUAAUUCAACUUUUAAGGUUCCAUUGUAAAGAUGGGAUACGUCUAUACCAACACAACAUUGUUCAUACAAAACCAUAAUCAGAGCAAUAACAGCUUUACCUACAAUGUGUCCAACAAACCAUCUGAAGACAAUGGCAGCUAUUACAGUCCAUUUGAAACCAUGUUCUGUUGGUAUUAUAAUUACAAAGUGCAACCGUUCACCUUGAGUAUCAUCUCCACCUGGCUUCCACUGGUACCUCUGGCCAUCUACUGUAUCUAUUCUCAGGCAACAAGAGAUCAUGUCAUUCCAGUCUUCAUCGUCAACCUUCUCCUUGCAGACAUCCUUCAGAUUUGGUGUAUGAUUGUGAACAUGACAUGGAUAAAUGACUAUAUAGCGCAAUAUGUAUUUGUUGCACAUGUCUAUAACGGCGGUGUGAUGGCCAGUGUUUUCUUCAUUACCUUUAUUGCCAUGGAAAGGUAUUUGCUUAUUGCCUGGCCAAUUUUGUACAGAUUCAGCCAAACACUCAAGGUUUCUGCAUCAGUCAGCGCUGUCAGCUGGAUCCUUUCUAUUUAUAUUGGUUUCAAUAAUGGAUCCUGGCUGGGAGCCUUCCUGGCCCUUCCUCUUCCCCUCUUCAUAUUCUUCCUUGUUCGGACCUUUAAAGCCCUGUCUACAUCCCAUAAUGUCCCAUCUGAUGAGAAACGACAGAUUGUGGCAGUUUUGACUGUGGUGGUGUGCAUUUACACUCUGACAUUCUUGCCACAAAUUUUUAAAGAGUUGUGGUGGUUAGGGUGGUGGUUGUUGGAUUUUGACUAUACCACAUACAUCAACCUUAUCAGCGUCUCUUGCACUUUAAUUCAGAUAAGUCCUCUGACAAACUUACUUCUAUACAUUCUUAUCAAGAAAUGGGUCUUUGACAAACUGCUGGCUUUUCUGUGUUGUUGCAGAAACACUAAGGAUGUGCAGCAACAGACAAACAGCAUUACAACAACAUGUAACUAGUCAUCUUCUCAGAGGCCGACAGAAGCAGAAAAUAACACUUAAAAUAUAAAAUCAAGAAACACAUCAUACACAUUUAAUCCAUGCACAGAAGCAAUACGGCAUCUAAUAUUUCAAAGUGCAACCUGGAUGUGAAAAAUGUUUUCUUUUUUUUAUGACCAAAUCAACCUUUUACCUUUGGAAGGAUGAAAUGAAGAUGUUUGUAAAGAUUUACUUAUAGGGGUUGUGCUCGUGUUUGUACAGUACUCAUCAUGUGUACAGUUUAAAACAUGUAUGUUGUUUAUUAGUUAAAACAUGUUUAAUAUUUCUGUCAACUGCAGUUUCUUUCAUAAAAACCUUGAGUUUAGGAAAACUACAGUUGUUUCAAAACAAUUAGAAAAAUAACUAUUUAAGUAAUUAUUUAUCUGUGGCUAGGUCUGUUUUUAACAAUGGUUUACGCAAACAUUUUAUUUUCAGACGUUUCAAGAACUUGUAUAAAAUUGUAUAAAACAUAAAUAGUGCAGGAAGUUUGUUUAUGAAUAUCUUUAGUUUCUUAUUUUUUAUUUUAUUCUAAUAAAAAACUUGGUUGGAGGCAACAUUUUUGUCAUCUUGCUGGCUUUUGCCUUUGUAUGUAUUAAACCUGAAUAUUAUUGGGUCUGG